CGCACAUAUGUCCAUAUAUUGCCACUUUUUCUUCCAAAGCUACUCUACAAUAGUCUACUCGUUUGGCCAUUGGGUGUGUAAUUAGAAUGGCUAGUGCUUUUUCCUUUGGGUUCUUCUUCUUCCUAGUUUUAUGCAUUAACAAUUCAAGUUUUUGCAAUGGAAGCUCCAAUUCCAAUAUGAGUUGCAUAGAAAGCGAGAGAGAAGCUCUUCUAAAGUUCAAAAAAGACCUUCAUGAUCCUUCCAACCGCUUGGGCUCGUGGGAUGAUGCUGCAGAUUGCUGUAAAUGGAGUGGGAUUAUUUGUGAUAGCAUAACAGGUCAUAUCCACAAGCUCCUCCUUAGAGGUCCUCCCAAUCCUCUUAAUUUUGAAGCUGAUGAUGAAAUUGAUGACCAGGCCAUAUCUUUCAAUGAAUUACAUGCAUUCAAGAGGGCGUUGUUGGGUGGUAAAGUAAACCCCUCGCUGGUCGAGUUGAAGCAUUUGCGUCACUUGGACUUGAGCAACAAUGAUUUUGGAGCAACCCCUAUCCCUAAAUUCUUUGGUUCUUUAAGGAGCUUAAGAUAUCUCAAUCUUUCUUAUGCUAAAUUCAGCGGUGUCAUUCCUCAUCAACUCGGAAACCUCACACAUUUACGAGUUCUUGAUCUCCAUCUUUUUGACGUUACUUUGGGUGGAUUUGCAAAGAAUCUUCAAUGGCUUUCUCAUCUUUCAUCAUUGCGAUUCCUAGACAUGAGUUAUGUUGACCUUUCCCAAGCAUCUGAUUGGCUAGAGGUAACUAAUUCACUCCCUUCUUUGACAGUCUUGCACUUGUCCUCUUGCCUACUUAACUUCAAUGUUCCUCUGCCAUAUCAUGUCAAUUUUUCUUCUCUAGCCGUUCUUGACCUUUCACUUAACUAUUUUUAUGGGGGAUCCCGAUCCCCCAUUCGUCAAGGUAUUCCAGAAUGGAUUUCCAAUUUGAGAAGUUUGGCUUCUCUUGAUCUUAGGCAGGCUGCAAAUGGAAGUCCAAUCCCUGAAGGUAUUCAGAACCUGACUUCUCUUGUGCACCUAGAUCUUUCAUAUAACUAUUUUAGCAAUACCUCAUCAAUACCCAGUUGGUUGUAUAAGAUGAGUGGUUUAAAUUUUCUCCACCUUGGUUAUAAUUAUCUGGGAGGCACAAUAUCAAGUCGCAUAACAAACCUGACAUCUAUCAUUAUGCUUGACCUCAGUUACAAUCACUUUGAAGGGAAGUUGCCAACAUCGAUGGGCAGUCAACUUUGCAACUUAAAGCAAAUUUAUUUGCCCUUUAACGAAUGGAACCAAUCGAUAUCCCAAAUACUAGAUAGUUUGCACGGAUGUGUUUCUAGUAAUCUAGAGGUUUUGGAUAUCAUGGAUGGUCAAAUUUAUGGUCAGUUAACCGAUCAAAUUGGGCAAUUCAAGUCUCUGACCAAGCUUGCUCUAACAUUUAAUAUGAUUUCUGGUCCUAUUCCAGUAUCACUGGGAAACCUUUUGUCUUUGAGAUAUCUGAGCCUUGGGCAUAAUCAUUUUAAUGGAACUUUACCCGAACCAUUUGGGCAACUUGCCAAAUUAGAAUACUUGGAUAUUUACGGAAAUGAGUAUAUGGAGGGUGUUGUUUCAGAGGCUCACUUUGCCAAUUCAACGAGAUUGAGACAAUUAGAAGCAGGUAGAACCCCAUUAACUUUGGAUGUACGUCCUAGUUGGCUUCCUCCUUUUCAACUUGUUUCAUUAGACAUGGAAUCAUGGCAUUUAGGACCGUCAUUUCCAUUGUGGUUACGUUCACAGGAGAAUCUUUCUGUCUUGAUCUUAUCAAACACGAGUCUUGAAGAUGUCAUUCCCUCUUGGUUUUGGGACUCUUUUGUAUUCUCAUAUUUGGAUCUUUCUCAUAAUCAAAUGCAUGGAAGAAUUAAGAAACUUUCUGUGGAUUCAGGAAUUGACCUUAGACACAACGGCUUUGAGGGACCAUUACCAAGUAUAUCUUCCAAUGUGGCUACUUUAUAUCUUUCAAACAAUAUGUUUUCUGGUUCCAUUUCUCAGUUCUUGUGCAACAGGCCGAGUGAGCAAAUGAAUUUGGUGAUUCUCCAUCUGCAAAACAAUCAAUUAUCAGGAGCAAUAUCCAAUUGUUGGUCAACAAAGUGGAAGAAUUUGAUGAUCUUGAAAUUAAGCGACAACAAAUUUAAUAGUACUAUUCCAUCUUCUCUGGGUUCAUUGGUUUUGCUUCAGUCAUUGCACCUACGAAACAACAACCUUUCAGGAGAAUUACCUUUGUCUUUACGGAAUUGUACAGAACUAAUUACUCUAGACCUUGGUGGGAAUAUGUUAAGGGGAAGGCUUCCUGCUUGGAUUGGAACAAGGCUCUUAAAUUUACAGAUUCUUAGCCUUCGUUCGAACAAGUUCCAAGGUCGUAUACCCGAACAACUAUGUGCUCUUAGUGCUCUUCAACUUUUGGACGUUGCACAUAACAACUUGUCAGGUUUUAUACCAAAAUGCGUUUACAAUUUCUCUUCUAUGGUUGGAGGGGAUGAUUACCGUGCCUUUUGGUAUAAAGCGAAUGGAACAAUAACAUCCUUCGAAGAGGAUGCAUUACUUGUAAUGAAAGGUCAAGAGAUGGAAUACAUCGAAAAUCUCGUAUAUGUUAAUAGCAUUGACCUGUCUGGUAAUUUUUUGUCAGGAGAAAUUCCCACAGAAAUUACUAGUCUUGCGAAGUUGGUAUCAUUGAACUUGUCAAAUAACCUUUUAACAGGAGAAAUCCCUCAUGGAAUGGGUAAAAUGGGAGCAUUGGAGUCGGUUGAUUUUUCUGUGAACAAGCUCUCAGGGGAAAUCCCUCCAAGUAUGUCCAAUUUGAGUUUUUUGAGCCAUUUGAACUUGUCCUACAACAAACUGAGGGGAAGGAUCCCAUUAGGCACUCAACUCCAAAGCUUUGAAGCAUCCAGCUAUAUCUGGAAUAGUCUGUGCGGUCCUCCACUCACCCAGAACUGUAGUGGAGAUGAUCUAAAUCCCACAGCUGAGAACAAAACGAGUAAUGGAGAUGAGGAUAAUGAUGACAAUGAAUUGUCAUGGUUUUACUUGGGCAUGGGAAUGGGAUUUGCUAUAGGAUUUUGGGGAGUCUGUGGAUGCAUCUUCUUCAACAGAAGAUGGAGGCACAAUUACUUUUGGUUUCUUGACCGCAUGAAGGACAACAUCUAUGUGGCUUCAAGCUUAAAGGUGAGAUGGCUCAAAGAAAAGUUAGGGGACUGCUUUCAUAAUGCUUGAACGCCUCAAAUGCGUCAUCUUUUACAAGGUUCUGAUCGUAUCUAUUCUGGUUCCUGAAAGAUGAAGAGUUGCAGAACUUGAGUCCAGUAGGCGACUCAAACUUUAUGUUGCUUUUACUUUUAAAUUGCAGAUAGAUCAAAUUUCAAAUGCUUGGGAAUUGCAUAUCUGCAUUUGAAUUUUGAAGGAAACUAUUAGUGUAAUAAAGGCAGUUACUUUCAAUUUGGCCAAAAUAAUUGUUGAGCACGUCUUUACUUAUUUUGAUUUGGACUGGAGUAUAAGCCUAAUAUUUGAAGUAUGUAUUUUUAAAAGUUUAGAAGCUGUCUGUUCUAAUUAGGAAAUGUAUCAUCGUUUGAAGGUAUAUUUCCGAAAUGAUGUACUAAUUAAGAACGGUUUCUUUCCCUUUUGAUGUGAAA